AUGUUGUUAUGCCUUAUUAUAUUGCUAUUCAUUCAUUUUAUUAAUUCUAAUCUAAUUCAUUAUAUAACAAUAAAUCAAUUAAUCAAUAUUUUAUUAUCACUUAGAGAUAAAAAUUAUUUAUUACCAUAUAGUAACAAUGAUCAAUUAUUAUUUUAUCCAUAUUAUAGACCAUUAUAUAAACCUAUAUGGAAAUUAAAUAAACCAUAUUUGUAUUUUACCCAAUAUGGUUUCCCUAAUUUAUAUCAAACAUCCUCCUCCUCCUCCUCCUCCUCCUUAUCAUCAUCAUCAUUAUCAUCUAUAUUAAAUAUGAAAUUUAUCAAAAAUGAUAUUUUACUUAUAAAAGAAUCAACUUAUAAUUCAUCAAUAAAAUAUAUUUUAAUAGAAAAUUUUACAUUAUUUGAUUUAUACACAAAUUUAUUAUUAAAAUUUGCUGGGGAUAUCAAUUUUACACAAUAUGAAAAGAAAAUCUUUACAAAUGAUGAUACUACUGAAUACAAUGAUAUAAGUAGUAUGAAUAGUAUUAAUGAAAACAGUCAUGAUAAUAUUCAAAUAAAAAGUAGAAAAAUUAUAAAUACAGUGGUGUAUACACAAGAUGAAGAAGAUGAUGAUGAAGAUGGUGAUGUUGAUCAUAAUAAUAGAAUAACGAAUGUGAUUCUAGGUGAAAGACUUCAGCCAAGAAUGUUUCUUCCACUGUUUAUUGACAUUUAUAGAAUAUUCAAGGCCAUGAAAGUAAAGUGUGGAAAAAGUAAGUUCUAA